CCAACCAUGCUUGCACAAACAUGCCCCGCCCUCAUGACUGUUGCUUACGUCAGCUAUCUCACAUUGGUCGCCUCUUAUUUCUUAUGUUCGGUUGCACUGCAGAGAACGCCCAACGUGUCAGUCGGCAUUCAAGAUCUCCACUCCGGUAACUCCUUACAGUGGACUGGUUUGAUCAGAUUAAACCCACCGCUGCUCAGAUUUAACACCCCGGCAAUGGACAGCAUCAAAGACGGGUGGUUUACCGAGACAUGCACAUUAUGGCCAGGCCAAGCGAUGAGUCUUCAAGUGGAGGAAGUGUUGCAUCAUAAAAAAUCCAAUUUCCAGGACGUGAUGGUUUUUAAAAGUAAGACGUAUGGAAAUGUGCUGGUUUUGGAUGGAGUCAUCCAAUGCACAGAACGAGAUGAAUUUUCUUAUCAAGAAAUGAUCGCCAAUCUACCUCUCUGCUGCCACCCUUGCCCAAGGAAGGUUCUCAUCAUUGGUGGAGGAGACGGUGGCGUCCUGAGGGAGGUUGUCAAGCAUCCGCUGGUGGAGUCUGUUGUUCAGUGUGAGAUUGAUGAGGAUGUAAUAAAUGUCUCCAAGAAGUACCUCCCUGGAAUGGCAAAAGGCUUCUUCAGCCCCAAACUUACUCUGCAUGUAGGUGAUGGCUUUGAAUUUAUGAAAAAGAAUCAGGAUGCCUUUGACAUCAUCAUCACAGACUCAUCAGACCCUGUCGGUCCGGCUGAAAGCUUGUUCAAAGAGUCUUACUAUCAGCUCAUGAAAACGGCACUUUGUGAGGGAGGAAUUCUUUGUUGUCAAGGAGAGUGUCAGUGGUUGCAUUUGGAGCUAAUAAAGGAAAUGCGGACCUUCUGUAAGACCCUCUUUCCUGUAGUGGACUAUGCAUACUGCACCAUUCCAACAUAUCCAAGCGGACAAAUCGGCUUCAUGCUUUGUAGUAAAAAUCCGAAAACAAAUUUCCGUGAGCCAAUACGAGAACUAACAAGAGAUGAAAUUGAGAGCAUGAGCCUGAAAUAUUACAAUCCUGAAAUCCACCGUGCUGCAUUCAUCCUCCCAGAAUUUGCCAGAAAGGUACUAAGUGAAGCGUAAAUGGUUUCAUGGGUGCCAUCUUGUCAACACGCUGCCUUCUGUGAAAGCAGAACCAAACCCCCAGAGCGCAUCCCUCUCCAGCUUCAUUUUGAUUGGUCAAUGGAUGGCUACAAGUGCAAAUGCCUUCUGUGGGGGACAUUCUCCGUUUCUCUGUCCAGUUCCAUCAGUGCUUCUGUCAAGUCUUUUGAGUUGUUUGGUUUACUUUUACAAUUCCAUUUCCCACAUCAAAGCUUUAGAACUAUAGAAACAGAAAACCAUGCAUGUUCUGUGACCGAUUGCACAGUACUUUCACACGAGGACUAUCUCUUACUCGUGUUGAGCAACGUAAAAAAACAGGACAAUGUUCCACCAGAGCUUUUUUGGCAUUACUCACUCCGCUAAGAACAGGUAUUUUAAAUAAACUGCAUAAUCUAUACACCCAGAGACUUAACAGGUCAAUAACAAUUCUAAAUUUUCUUAACAUGCAGUAUUAAGGUUUCAUAUUAUGGGUCAGUAUAUCCACACUUAACCAUUGUCAAACAAAAGGAAAUUGUAUUUAGUAUUGUAAUAAUUUCUAAAACUAUUACUCUAAAAGUGUUUUCAUUUUUACCCCGUGAAGGUGGACAUAUGGAUCUCUGAUUGACUGACUUGUGUGUUCUGGCUCUCAUGAAUAAUUCUGAUUACAUGAUGUGGUUUGUGUAGAGCAAAUAGAUGUUUGGUAGGCUAUGCAGCCUUUUUGAGUGAAAUGCUAUAGUGUAUUGCAAACGUGCUUAUGGUCAAUGGACUCUAGGAUGGAACGAUUUUGAUAUGUCUUAACAUUAGAAAUACUGGACUACAUUGAGACGUCUUAAUUUUGAACAUAAUUAUGGAGGUAUGCUACAGGACUAAAUAACGAACUUUUUAGGCUAGUAGGACAAACUAUUUUAUACUCUGUUAAGUUUUACUGGGUAGAAAUGUUUAUCUGUCCUUUUACAAUUUCAUGUUGUAAAUUUCAUAAAUAGUUUUGAAAUAAUAAAAAGGUGUAAUCACA